AUGGAGGAAUCAUUAAAGUAAGAGAAGUCGAAGAAUCUAAAUUUUUACGCUUAAGAAUGGACAUCCAAAGAUUUCAUUAAACUAGUUUCAGUUCAUGAUUAGAAAAGCAAGUUGAAAACCUAUCAAUAAAUCAGAGAUGAAAAGUACUUAGGCAAACCACCUAAGGGCAUUAUUGUAUUCUUUCAUGGGCUUGGUUCUCACAUUCAAAGAUAUAUCUAUAUGGCCAAGGUCUUUGCUGAAAACGGGUAUGACUGUGUAGGCUACGAUAGCUUGGGAUUUGGAAAAAGUGAAGGUGAAAGAGGAGCCAUUAACUCUUUUGACAAUUAUUGUGAAGAUGGCUAUUAAUUUACAAUUGCGUGCAGAAAGCUUUAUUAAGAACAGCAUCCAGAAAAAACCAUUCCAUUUUUUGCAUUCGGUUACAGUAUGGGUUCAAAAGUAUCAAUUAGAUGCUAGAAAAUACACAAGGAUCGAUAAAACUCUGACCUAUUCUAAGCCUUCUUAUGGCAUGCUCCUGCAUUCGGGAGGAAGCUGAAGUUGCCAGAUUACUUGAAGUGGCUUGAUGAGAUAAGUUAAUUCGAACCAACAAAGCUAGUCACUCCUACAAAAUCACUACCGCCUAAUGAAAAUUACAUGUUUCUUGCUGUCCCUCAUGCCGAUCCUGUUAGUUUCCUUGGACCAUGGCAAGCUAAGACCCAAUAGCAAUUCAUGAAUAUUCCAUAAGACAUUCAAGAUUUUAGCAAAGAAACAGACAUUCCCAUCUCAUGUGCUUUCGCAAGCAUAGACUCAGCUGUCGACAAUUCUGAUGCUUUGAUUUGGAUUUCCUAAGUAAAAACUCCAAAAAGUAAAGUUGAAAUUAGAUCCUACUUUAGCGAGCAUGUAUUCUUGUACAAUGGUCAAGUCUAUGAAGAAGUUAUUAAUGACGAUAUAGUAUUUUUAGAGAGAAUACUUAAAAAUUGA